AUGGGAUUUUUAAAAAUUGGAACGCCAUUAAGCUGGGAUGAUGUGCAAGAUGUGAAAUCUUUAAUUAGAUUAUAUGGUAUAUUACAGUUUGUACAUGUAUAUAAAUUAAAUAAAGACCGUUAUGAUGAAAAUAUAAUGUUUGGUGAUGAGAUUGAAUAUAUAAUAAUAAGAAAUGAUGAAUCUUUAAAAGAAUCUUCUGCCUUAUUAUGUGCUUCUGAUUUAAUAGAUGAAAUGAUGAAUUUAGAAAGUGUUAUUGAUUGUCAAUAUGGUUCCCAUUGGACUCCAGAAUAUUCUUCUUUUACUAUAGAAGGUACUCCAUCUGUACCAUUUAAAUUAGAUAUAAAUUCUUCAUGUUUUAUUGAAGAUUGUAUGAGAAUUAGAAGAAGUAAAUUAAAUAAUGUUCUUAGUGCCGUUCAAGGGGCAAGAGCUAUUACACUUCCGUGCUUUCCAAAUGUUCUUUUAAAUAAUAGUGUUCUUAUGGCUAGAAGAAUUACUGGUCAAGAAAAUAUAAAAAAGAAAUUUGACUCAAAAACUAAAGUCGAAUUUGAGGAAAAUCCUACAGUUAAAGAAAAAAGUCAUAAUUCAAAUAAUAAUAUAUUGAAAACAAUUAAUAAUAAAAACAAUGAAUCUAAAAUUAUUGAUAAUUUAUCUGUUCAAAAUAAAAUCUCAUGUAUUGAAAUGGUAUCCUAUGAAGUAGAUGAAAAUAAAUCUACCAAUUUUGUUAAUUCAGAUACUGCAUUUGCAAAAAAUGACGAAGAAGAAGAAGAACAUCAAGAUAUACAACAACAACAACAACAACAUCAACAGGAUUUACAAGAUAUAUAUGAUGAUGAAACAGAAGAUAAAAAUAAAGAUAAGAUGAAUACACCAAGAAGCUGUAAUGAUAAUUCAAAUACACAAGAUAUUUUUAUUAGCUCAUUAAAAAAAACAGAUUCAUUUUUCGAAUGCGAAGUUUUUAAACCUGAACAAACAAAUUUAUAUAGUAAGAGCUCACUUAUUACAGAUAUGACUAUAAGUCCUCAUGCAAGAUAUGUUACCUUAACACAAAAUAUAAGGAAAAGAAGAGGAACCAAAAUCGUAUCUUUUAAUCCUAUAUAUAAAGAUAUUAAUACCGAAAAAAUGGAUCAUUGGAAAUUGUCACUUGAUUGUAAUGAUAAAAGACUUUUUAAAAAAGUUAAGAAAAAACUCAUAUUAGAUGAACACUUAAUAUGGAAUAAAUCUAUGACAAACAUAAAGAGUAGACAUAUAAAAAAUAAAAAUAUAAAAAAUGACAUACAAAACAUGUCUAAUGUCACAUUUAGUUUGACAAAUAGAGAAGAAAAGAAUGAUGAAAACAAUCUUAUGGAUACCGUUUUGAAAAAUAGUUUAUUUACUAAUAUGGAUGAUGAAGAUGAUUAUAUUUAUGUUUAUGAUAGAAAAUUUAUACAAGAAUAUUCAGAAAAAUGUAAUAAUCCAAUUAAGAAUUAUGUUUAUUUAGAUGCCAUGUUUUUUGGUAUGAGUAUGUGUUGUCAACAAUUAACCAUGUCAUUUCCAACUGUUAAUGAUGCAAAAUAUGUAUAUGAUCAGCUAGCUGUUAUUGCACCACUUUUCCUUGCUCUCACUGCAUGUACUCCAUAUUUAGGUGGGUUCCUAACCGAAACAGAUACAAGAUGGAGAGUAAUAUCUAAUAGUGUCGAUUGUAGAACAGAAGAAGAAUUGUCAUAUAUAUGCAAACCAAGAUAUUCAGGAAUAUCUUUAUAUAUAUCGAAUGAGUUGCCAUUAAAAAGAAAUUACUAUUUUUAUAACGAUGUGGAUGUAAUACUUGACAAAAAUGUGUAUGACAAAUUGAAAAAGGAAAAUGUGGAUGAAUAUUUAGCUAGACAUAUAGCCUCUUUAUUUGUAAGAGACCCAAUUGUUGUAUUUGAAGGUUCUUAUAGUGAACAGGACAUUGCUACGAUUGAGAAGAAAAUAAAGGAAUAUUCAAAUGAUGAGCAAAAAUCUAAAAGUAAUGUAGAAGAAUCAUCAAAAGGUUUGCUAUGCAAUGAUGAAAGGAAUAAGAAUGAUGGUUGUUUAAAACAAAUGAAUAAACACAAUGAUAAUUUCAAUAUAAAUAAUUUCAAUACUGAAUAUAAGAAUAGAAAAGAUAUAAAUAUGAAUAAGAUAUAUUUAAGUGACAAUUUUGAAUUUAUAGAAGAUUAUGAAGAAAAGGUAUUAUCAUCUCAUCAACAUUUUGAAAAUUUUCAAAGUACGAAUUGGAACAGUGUACGUUUUAAACCACCUCCAAUUCUUGAUAAUCAUUUUAAAGGACCAAGUUCAAUUGGAUGGAGAGUUGAAUUUAGAACACCUGAUAUUCAAAUUACAGAUUUUGAAAAUUCAUGUGUUGUUACAUUAGUUAUGUUAUUAUCUAAAUUUAUAUUAAAAGAAAGAUUAAAUUUAUAUAUCCCUAUGUCAUUGUUAGAAGAAAAUUUAUUUAGAGCUUCUAAAAGAGAAGCUUUAAUAAAAGAAAAAUUUUAUUUCCGUAAGGAUCUAAAUUAUGAUACAUUGAAUAAUGAAUAUGAAGAAAAAAGUAUAUAUGAUAUAUUUUUUAAUGAAAAGAAUGGAUUAUUUUUCUUAUGUUACAAAUAUAUUGAUGAGUUAUUUAAAGAAGGAUUAUUAAAUCAAUCAGCUAAAAAUAAAAUAGAUGAAUAUAUUGAAUUUGUUAAACAAAGAUGUAGUGGUAAAAUAUGUACAGGUGCUAUGUAUUUAAGAAAUUUUAUAUUAAAUCAUCCAGCUUAUGAAAAAAAUUCAUAUAUAAAUAGUAAAAUUAAUUAUGAUAUAUGUAAAUUAAUAGCUGAUAUAGGCAAGGGAUUAAUUAUACCACAAGAAUUAUUAGGUGUUUUUGUAGAUCCAUAUAAAGAAAGAAUAAAAAGUGAUAUAAGGCAAAUCAAUGAAAGUCAAUAUUUGAAAUCAUUGGCAUAUAAAUAUAUUUCUGGAGAGGAUUACACUCAAUACUUACUUCUUAGUGAAGUACUCAAAAAUGACCAAGAUUAUUAUACAUGUACUCGACGUACAAUAUAUGAGGAAUCGAUGGAUAAUAAAGUGGAGUUUGCAAAAAAAAUGUACGAAUUGAGUGCAUAA